CCGACAUGUGCAUGAAGAGUCACUUUAUAUUUUUGACUUUAAUUUGUCCGGGUCCCAAUGAUCCAGGAAAAAAGAUAGACAUUUAUCUCCAACCCCUUAUUGAGGAGAUGAAAGAACUUUGGGCCAUUGGAACACCAACUUAUGAUGUUUCAAGGGAUCAAAAUUUUAUCAUGAAAGCUGCCAUCAUUUGGACCAUUAACGACUUCCCUGCCUAUGGCAUGCUUUCGGGGUGGAGCACACACGGUCUUAUGGGAUGUCCGAUAUGCAUGGAGAAAUCAGGUGCAAAUUGACUAAUUUUUAGUAAAAAACCAAGUUACUUUGAUUGUCACCGCAAGUUUCUCCCGGAAAACCACCGAUAUCGAAAGGACAAAAAGUCUUUCAUUAGAGGUAGGGUGGUACGAGACACCCCACCCCCGAGAUUGACCGGGGAAACAAUUUUUAACCGGGUUCGAUGUAUUCCUACGGCUGUGCAAGAGCCAAAUAAGAUGCCAUAUGGGUUUUGUGAUACCCAUAAGUGGACAAAGAGGAGUAUAUUUUGGGAGUUACCAUAUUGGAAAGACCUUCUCAUUCGUCACAACAUAGAUGUCAUGCACACUGAGAAGAACAUGUUUGACAAUAUAUUUAACACAGUGAUGGAUUUCAAAGGCAAAACUAAAGACGGUCUUGCAUCUAGAAAAGAUAUGACUAUUUGGUGUGACAGACCCGAACUUUCUGUUGAUCUAGAAUAUACUGGUAACAAUAUUCCAAAAGCAGUCUACCAAGUCACAGAAGCACAAAAGGAAUCAAUAUUACAAUGGCUUGUGUCUCUGAAGUUUCCAGAUGGCUACUGCUCCAACUUGUCCAGAUGCGUGGACAUGAACAAACUUACAACGACGUCGAGCAUGAAAACUCACGAUGCUCAUGUAAUCAUGCAAAGACUUCUCCCAAUUGCACUGAAAGAGAUGCUUUCUGAACACGUAUGGUCCUGCAUUACUGAGAUCAGUUUGUUGUUUCAAACGAUAUAUAUAUGUUCCAGCGUUUUGGAUGCAGCAUCCCUCCGGAGACUAGAAGAGUCUGUUCCUAUACUGAUGUGUAAUUUGGAAAAGAUAAUGCCUCCAUCGUUUUUCGAUAGAAUGGAACAUCUUGUAAUACAUCUUCUGUAUGAGGCUUUGACUGCUGGCCCCGUCUUCUAUCGCUGGAUGUACAGAUUUGAAAGGUUUCUUGGAGAGUUGAAAAAGAAAGUGACCAACAAGGCACACGUUGAGGCUUCAAUUUGUCAAGCGUAUCUUCAACAAGAAAUCUCCACGUUCUCAUCUUUUUAUUUUGAGCGUGAAGUCAUCACUAGAAGAAAGAGACCUGCCCGGAACGAUGACAUUGGCGAGGAUUUAUACAAAAAUGUAGUUUCCAUUUUCAAUUACCCAGGUAGAGGUAAAGGAGCUGCGACACACCAAUACGUCGUGGGCGGAGAAUUACAAAUUGCGUAUACUUAUAUCCUCAUGAAUUGUUUAGAAAUCUUACCGUUUUAUCAGUAAGUUAAAUUUCUAUAUAUAAUUGUAAUAUAUAUACAAUUAUAUCAGCUAGUUGAUUUAUAAUAUUUUCAUGUUUGACUUCACAGUGAAUUUAGAGCGGAGCUCUCAGCAUUCCCUGAUAAUGAAAUUGAUGCAAUGGUGGACUCUGAUUUUGUGCUGUG